UUCGUCCUCCGUUAGAACACAACAUUUAAUAUAUCGGUCACAUUCUGCAGUUGUUGGUCUUACCAGAAGUUCCAUUCAAAUCUCGAUUAUUCUCCAGUUCGUCUUGACGUCAUCAUGCCGCCAAAAAUAAGUGGAAAAGCUGUGAAGAAAGCUGAAAACGCCCAGAAGAACAUUAACAAGGCAGAUAAGAAUAAGAGGAAGAAGAGGAAGGAAAACUACGCUAUUUACAUCUACAAAGUUCUGCAGCAAGUGCAUCCCGAUACCAGUAUCUCCAGCAAAGCGAUGAACAUCAUGAAUGGUUUCAUCAAUAACGUAUUCGAGCGCAUCAUGGCCGAGGCAAGUCAAUUAUUGUUCUACAAUAAAAAGAAAACAAUUACGUCACGCGACAUCCAAACCGCCUUAAGAUUGUUGUUACCUCAAGAAUUGGCGAGACACGCGGUAAACGAAGGUAGGAAAGCGGUCACGUUGUACAUGGCAAAUACACACGAAGAUUUCAAUGAAAAAUAAAUCAUACCGUUUUAAAUGCGUCUGGAACGUUUAAUGGAAUAAGUAAAUAGUAAUUAACGUGAUAUUGAGCAAUUUGUAAUUGGCCCCUUUAGGGGCCAGCACGUUC